UUUCUUCUCUUUCGUUCCCUACCGCGUCAGCAGCAACCCUCGAGCAGCAGGAGACGCUCCGUUGCAGUAGCAAGCGAGAUCCUUCCCUCUCCCAUUUGCCCAAACCCUAGAUCUACUACCCGUCGAUCUCGGCACCCUCGGCGUCUCGUCCGGCCAUGGCCUCCCGCCGGAUCCUCGCCUCGCUCCUCCGCGCCUCCGCUCGCCGAUCUCCGGCGACGAGACACCAUUCUCCUACCCCCUUUGCCCGCAUCUCUUCCCGCCCCUCCCCCACCGGGUUCCUCCUCUCCCGUGCCGUCGACUACGCCACAUCUGCCGCCUCCGCCGCCCCUGCCCCCUCGGCCCCGCCGCCGAAGGCCGCGGCUGCACCCAGUGGAAAAAUCACCGACGAGUUCGCCGGGGCUGGCGCCAUUGGCCAGGUCUGCCAGGUGAUCGGCGCCGUCGUUGACGUCCGCUUCGAUGAGGGGUUGCCUCCCAUCUUGACCGCCCUCGAGGUCUUUGACCACUCGAUCCGGCUGGUGCUGGAGGUGGCGCAGCACCUGGGGGAGAACAUGGUGCGGACGAUCGCCAUAUAUGGGACCGAGGGGCUUGUUCGAGGGCAGAGGGUUCUGAACACUGGCUCCCCGAUCACUGUAGCCGUUGGUAGGGCCACCCUUGGGCGAAUCAUAAAUGUUAUUGGUGAACCUAUUGAUGAGAAGGGUGAAAUAAAGACCAACCACUUCCUUCCCAUCCAUCGUGAAGCACACAAAAGCAGGCAACAGAACAGCAGAUUCUUGUUACUGGAAUCAAAGUCAACCGCCUGGCAGAGCUCGGAGACCGAGCUCAAGCAGUUCCACCGCUUGUCAGGGGCGGUUGCACCGCCCAGCCUAGCUCAGAGACUGAGCCCUGGGUGGUGCCACCACUGGCCAAGAAAUCUGGGUCCGAAUGGGCUGAUCCAUUCGGCCCAAUUUGGGUCUGUCAAGGGCCCAAUUGCCCCAAGAUUAAGUUAAUGGGAUCACCUCCCAUUUCUAACUUAAUCAUCGUGCUAACUACGAUAUUUCUGAAGGCAUUUACUGCAACUUGCUCCGGUGCGUUAAUCGCUUCUUCCGGCGAUCUUCCGGCGAACAUCCGACGAACCUUCGGCGAUGCUCCUGUGAACUUCCGGCAAACUCUUGGACUUGUGACGAUCCACUUGGCGAGUUCCGACGAGCUUCUUUGGCAAGCUCCUGGACUUCUCGAAUUUGUUCCCGCAGAACCUCCGACGACCGUCCGGACUUCCGUCGGACUCUCGAACUCCUAACGUGAUCAUAGUCUUGACUCCGGUCAGCUUGUCACUCUUCGAGAUGUUUGAUUUGGGCUUAGGCAGUGGAUAGCUAUUCAGAAUUAUGGGCAAGUCCUGUUGGUUGUUAUGCUAUUGUUGUAUAAGCAUAUUUUGUAUGUAAUGAACUGUUCUGAUGAUCGAAAUGGAUAUACUGUGUAAAAGUGUUAGAAGAUCUCUCUUAUUUGGAAUUUCGGAAUGUUAAGUCUAAUUUAUGACGAUAUGAACUUGUGGUGAA